AUGGCAACCUUCUCAAAUACCGCUGAGUCAUUCUAUGACGAUGUAUCAAACACCUCACCGAGAGCAUUCCGAAAUGCACAAUUGAAUCGCCAGGCCGGAAGGACCGAUUAUGGUGGCAUGAAUGCCCCCAUGUUUGGUGCCGAGGGCUCUUUGCCUACCAUGCGUUUUGAUAAUAUGAGGGAUGGAUUUGGUACUCCGAUGCAGGCCCCUGGUGCUGGAAAUGUCCAUUUUCCCUAUGAUGCAGGUGCUGCCCAAACCUGGGGUUCAAGUGGCGGAUCUCUUCAAUCAUUUGGGAAUGGAAUGGGUGCGAUGGCUCAAAACCCCAACUAUGGCCCAUCGCGAAGUGUCAAACCAAGUCGAGGCAGGGUGGGAAUCUCAAAUCUGUGGUUUGACCAACCUGCUCAGUUACAACAGCAACAAUCACAGGCACCGACCGUUAUCGGCCAUCGAACCGGACCCCAAACCCGUAACGAUCAACAAGAAGAGGACGACGAGUUGAUUCCGACUGCAAUUGUGAUCAAGAAUAUACCCUUUGCCGUGAAAAAGGAGCAGCUCGUUCAACUAAUGGUCGACAUGAAUUUGCCCCUUCCCUAUGCUUUCAACUAUCACUUUGACAACGGGGUAUUCCGUGGUCUUGCUUUCGCCAACUUUACUUCGCCUCAGGAGACCGAGCAAGUUAUUCAAGCGCUCAACCACAUGGAUCUCAGCGGUCGCAAGUUGCGAGUCGAAUAUAAGAAAAUGCUUCCCCUCGCAGAACGAGAGCGUAUCGAGAGGGAAAAGCGUGAACGUCGUGGUCAAUUAGAGGAACAGCAUCGACCCAUGCCGCAAUCACAACUUCACAAUCAGAUCUCUGUCUCAUCCAUGUCGAGGAACACUCCAUCACCUCUCUCCCAUCGUGGUCCCAAGCCUGAAGUCGACAUGAAUGAUCCGAAAACCCUCGAAUUCUAUACCGAAAUGACACUGUUCCGACGAGAUCUCUCUCGCGAAGUUCUCAUCUUUCCGCCAACCCUGGAGCCACAUCAUCGCCGAAUUGUCCAUACUCUUGCCCACCAUAUGGGAUUGAUGCACACCUCUCGUGGAAGUGGGGAUCAGCGACAAGUUCAUAUCCACCGGCCUGCGCCCGGGACCAACGUCAGUCCACCAGCCUUACCGGGAGCCUUUGGAUCCAACGACGGUCUGCGUCAAACUCUUGCCAGAUCUUCUACAGCCGACUUUAGCGAAGGGAACAGACAAUAUGACUCUCCCGCUUUCAACACGCUACGAGGCCAAUCAUCGGUCGGUCUCCUCGAUGUCAUGGACUCCAAUGCCUUUGGUCGAUCGGCUGAUAGUAACCUCCGCAAUGCCAAAUCCUUUGCAGAUUUGCGAUCAUGGAGUCCCUCACCAGUACCUUCAUCGGCAAGCUUCCCGGCGGCUUUGCAAACUAACGGAGCACGUCUUCAAGCACUCAACGAUACAGCCGGGUCCAACACCCCAACAUUGACGCCCACCGCCUCCAACUCUGCACCGGGUGUUAGCCGAGAGGAACCAUUCCUCAUUUCUACACUUUCCAACCUUUCGAUCGGCAGUAACAGCGGGAGUCAAACAAGCCCUCGGCGCCAACGAAGCUUCUUUGGAAAUGGAGCGGAAUGGAACGACACUCAGUCGUAUCAUGCCACAGCCCCUAUCGGUAGCAAGAGAACUGUCAGCAUGGGACCGGAGAGUAACACCCAGAAUACCAACCCAAUGCGCCAGUCCCGAGGACCUAGUUCCAAUAAUGCUAUUGGAUUUCGCCGACAAAAUGGACGUGGCAGCGAUGAAUUGCGAACGGCGGCAUCAGCAAUCGCCGAAUGA